AUGGUUUCCACGCCUCGGAUGAGGCAUAAUGUUUCUAGUCUCAUUCUUGGAAAUGUCCAGUCCUUCUGGAAUCACGAGAUGCUUCAAGAAAAUCAAAUCAAAGCAAUUGUUUCUCUUGCUGAUGACCGAUGGGUAUGGUGGAACAGUAUCUCAAGACGGGCAGUUCUAGAGCAUCAUCCGGGUUCAGUGCAGACUCGCCAACACAAGACCUUCUUAUCCAUUAAAGUGAUGCCUGCGAAUUUAUCGACCAAAUGGCAUCCCAGGUUCUUUCCUCAUUGA